CGGGGCAGACGCCGUUGCCUUUCUCUGCCCGCUCUCCUCGGAGUAGUAGAGCUCGCUGCUGGAGCUGAGCGAUGGAGCGUCUGCUCAGCCCUGUCCGCGGUGCCUGGUUUUGAGCUCAAGGCCCUGCCCAGACUCUCGCCCGCCACUGCCCAUUUCCCUGGUGUAAAUCCCCAUCAAUGAGGUUCUUUCGUCUCACCUUCAAGUGCUUUGUGGAUUGCUUCUGAGCCUUCACCCUAAUCCCUUCCCAGACCCGGAGCCAGCUUCCCGACCCAACACCCGUCUCAGUCUUCUGCCACGGAGCCCGGUCGCCAGCCCAGUGCCAUGGCUCCAGUGCCCACCGAAACAUGUUCAGAGGGCAGUGGGUGCUCAGAGCUGACUGAGGCAGAGAGCACUGAGCCAAUUGGUGGCACAGGGGAGUCAACCCAUGAAGAGAGAGCCAUCACUGCCCCUCUGGUGGUACCCGUGGGUCCCGGGAAGCUGCCCGUUCCUGAGCGGGAGACCUGGACCCGGCAGAUGGAUUUCAUCAUGUCUUGCGUUGGCUUUGCUGUAGGCCUGGGCAACGUCUGGCGCUUCCCAUACCUCUGCUACAAGAAUGGAGGAGGUGUCUUCCUGAUCCCUUAUCUGCUAAUCGUCUUUGUUGGGGGGAUCCCCGUCUUCUUCCUGGAGGUGGCCCUGGGACAGUUUAUGAAGCAAGGUGGGAUCUCUGCCUGGAACAUCGCCCCCCUCUUCAAAGGCCUGGGCUUGGCCUCCAUGGUCAUUGUCUUCUUCUGUAAUUCUUACUACAUCAUGAUCCUCGUCUGGGGCCUCUUCUACCUGGUGCACUCGCUGACAGAAACUCUGCCGUGGGCCACCUGCGGCCAUGCCUGGAACACCCCCCAGUGCACCGAGCUCUUUGGUCUGGGCGGCUGUGGCAACAACAUCACCACCAACAGCAGCAGCACUGGCAGAAACUGCAGCAACCUGGCUGACAAGCGCUCUCCCAUCAUUGAGUUCUGGGAGAACAAGGUGCUGCGGAUUUCAGGGGAUCUGGGUGAACCAGGAGAGCUCCGCUGGCAGCUGAUCCUCUGCCUGCUCACAACUUGGGUCAUUGUCUAUUUCUGCAUCUGGAAGGGGGUCAAGUCGACUGGAAAGGUGGUCUACUUCACUGCCCUCUUCCCCUACGUGGUUCUUAUCUUGCUGCUGUUACAUGGGGUGACGUUACCUGGUGCACUUGAUGGGAUCAUCUACUACUUGAAACCUGACUGGACCAAGCUUGCUGUUGCUCAGGUAUGGAUUGAUGCUGGUACCCAGAUCUUCUUCUCAUAUGCUAUCGGGCUGGGAGCCCUGACCGCACUUGGCAGCUACAACCGCUUCCACAACAACUGCUACAGGGAUGCCUACAUCUUGGCUGUGAUCAACAGUUCAACCAGCUUCUUUGCUGGCUUUGUGGUGUUUUCCGUACUGGGUUUUAUGGCAUCGGAGCAAGGUGUGGACAUCUCCCAGGUGGCAGAGUCAGGUCCAGGCCUGGCCUUCAUUGCCUACCCCAAAGCUGUGACUCUGAUGCCACUCUCCCCACUCUGGGCUACACUAUUUUUCUUCAUGCUUCUUGUCCUGGGGCUGGACAGCCAGUUUGUGGGAGUGGAGGGUUUCAUCACUGGCAUCCUCGACCUGUUUCCGCAGCCAGCAGCAGGCUCACCCCGGAGAGAGAUCACUGCUGCAAUCUGCUGCCUAGUCUGCUGUAUCAUCGACCUCUCCAUGGUGACUCAGGGCGGGAUGUACGUCUUUCAGCUCUUUGACAAUUAUUCAGCCAGUGGAAUCACGCUUCUGUGGCAGGCCUUCUGGGAGUGUGUGGUGAUUGCCUGGGUCUAUGGAGCCGACCGCUUCAUGGAUGACGUUGCCCGCAUGAUUGGCUACCGGCCUCUACCCUACAUGAAAUGGUGCUGGUCACUCAUUACCCCAGUGGUGUGUGUGGGCAUCUUCCUGUUCCAUGUGGUGAACUACCAGCCACUGACUUACAACAAGACCUACAUCUACCCAUGGUGGGGUGAGGCUAUUGGCUGGGCUCUGGCCCUUGCCUCCAUGCUGUGCAUCCCCUGCACGGUUGCUUACAAGCUUCUGCGAAGCAAGGGCUCUUUGCAACAGCGCUGGCAAUUGCUGACCACCCCUGUCUGGGGCCACCACCACCUGGAAUACAUGACACCUGAAGCGGAGACAAAGCUGCUGCCACCACCAGACAGUCUCGCUGCAGCUCCUCUGGAGAAGGCUACGCUUUUUGAGACUGUGAUUUAAUUUCUCCUACCCCUCUCCCUGUAGCAAUAGUAUGAGACACCAAGUUCAGUUGGGGAGGAGAGUGGCAGUAUUGGGCUUGAGUCUCAGUCCCUUGCACAGUCAGGAUCAGAAGGCAAGAGAUCAAUAAAGACACAUGCACAUAUCCUGCUUUUGGUGGCAGUGGCCGCCACAAGCUUCCUCUGCUGCUUUGGCGGCAGCACCACUCACCACCCCUCUACCGGGGUCCUGGACACGCCUCAGCAGUGGACGGGCGAUGGUACUUUUGAAUGAGAGCUAAGCCCAGCUCCCAUCCAUGGUGGUCAGCCGCCAUCUUGUUACCUAUGCAGAGUAUAGGUCUAUGGGCUUGGACAUUACAUUUUGCGUAACUUAAAACAGCAUGUGUCCACCACAGAUGGGAGCUGAGUUUGGCUCUCAUUCAAAAGCAGCUCACACACCCUGCCUGCAGCUUAAACGCAUCCAGGGGCCUGGUGGGGAAAGCAGUGCAUAGCAAUGUGGUUGGGCUGGUGACAGGCCCUUGGCCAAUGCCUGGCCUGACCGACUGCUAUCACCAGGCCUGCCUGCUCACCUUCUGGUUGUGUGCCCUUAUGUACCUUAGGAGGCCAUCUUCAGUGAGGUGCAUGGGAUUGAUGGAAAAGCUCUGAAUGAUGGCGUUGGGUGGCUCCAUGUCAGCGGGGCAUUAGAAUCUGCUCCAGGUUUUAGUCCAAACUUUCUAGGACAUGUCCAAGG